UUUCCCCAUACUGUGGGCUUCUUAAAGAGGGGUUUCCGAGAGAGGAGUAAAGAGGGGGAAUCUUGGAAAAUAAGGAGAAAAAAGAGAGAAAAAGGGUAUGAGGAGUGAAGAACAGGGGCGUUCCCUGUUUGGGAUCUCAUUGUCUGAGAGGCCGAGAUGGCAGCAGUUUGUGAUUUGUUCAUCUGGGUUUUUCUUUGGCUAUCUUGUUAAUGGCGUUUGUGAGGAAUAUGUAUACAAUAGGCUCCAAUUCAGUUAUGGUUGGUACUUCACCUUUGUACAAGGGUGGGUUUAUAUUCUGCUCAUUUACCUUCAAGGAUUUACCACCAAGCAAAUGGUGAAUCCAUGGAAGACUUAUGUAAAGCUCUCGGCCGUUCUAAUGGGGUCAAACGGGCUCACGAAAGGGUCUCUUGCUUUCCUCAACUAUCCGGCCCAACUCAUGUUCAAAUCCACAAAGGUUUUGCCUGUUAUGAUCAUGGGUGCUUUUAUUCCGGGCUUGAGACGUAAAUACCCUCCUCACGAAUACUUAUCGGCAGUUCUUUUGGUGGUGGGCCUUAUUCUUUUCACCUUAGCAGAUGCCCAAACUUCACCGAAUUUCAGUGGAAUUGGGGUUUUGAUGGUAUCUGGUGCAUUGAUUAUGGACGCGUUUUUAGGAAAUUUGCAAGAAGCUAUCUUUACUAUGAAUCCUGAAACAACACAGACGGAAAUGCUUUUCUGCUCGACUUUGGUAGGCAUGCCUUUCUUGAUUCCACCUAUGUUAGUUACAGGAGAACUGUUUAAGGCAUGGGACUCGUGUUCGAAGCAUCUUUAUGUGUAUGGAGUCUUGGUUUUUGAAGCCAUGGCCACUUUUAUCGGGCAAGUUUCGGUUCUUUCGCUCAUUGCGCUGUUCGGUGCUGCCACCACAGCCAUGGUGACCACGGCUAGAAAGGCGGUGACUUUACUACUUUCGUACAUGAUCUUCACGAAACCUUUGACCGAACAACACGGGACUGGGCUAUUGCUGAUUGCAAUGGGGAUUAUACUGAAGAUGUUGCCUGAUAGCAAGCCCACCAAUCGGCCCGUAGCCUUGAAUUCUCGGCCCGGGAUUGAAAUUUCAUCCUCUCACAAUGAAGAUGAAAGAUUUGAGUUAGGAAAUGAGGAGGAUGAAGAAAAUAAGCCUCUGGUCUGAAAGCUAUAUAUAUAUAGUGUUAGAAGCUUUUCAGUUUUUUUGCAUAAUGAAUGCACUUAAGUAAAUGUUUUAUCCUGUUAUGUUUAGAGGUGAAUUCUGUUGAAAAUGUGGUGGCGUAUUAAUAUAUAAAGUUAAUAAUGUUAUUCCUGGAAUGCAUGGUAAACUAAUAUUAAGGUUAUGUUUAUGAAUUAAAUGUAGAGUUACAUGAAUA